AUGUCAGUUACUGUAUUUAUGGAGAGGGUUAAGCGAGAUGGUUUAGGUGAUAUCUCAGCCUGGCAGGCAUAUAGAUCGAAGGAGAAGGCGCUCAAAAAAAUUAGAGGGAGUGUGGUGGAACAUUACAAAUUACUGUGGGAUUAUUGUGGGGAGUUAAAGAGGACAAAUAUUGGGACCACUGCAUUGGUUGAGGGCACGCUGGAGAAUUUCGACGGUUGCAGAAGGGUGAUUGGGGUAGAUGGCUGCUUUUUGAAGACAGAGCUUGGUAGCCAAUUGUUGAUAGCAGUUGGUGUUGAUGCGAAUAAUGGUAUGUAUCCGGUGGCAUAUGGAAUUGUGGAGGUUGAAAAUGGGGAUAAUUGGAAAUGGUUUUUGGAGUUAUUGAAGGAUGAUUUGCACAUACAUAGCAGUCAACAUUGGAUAUUCAUUUCAGAUAAGCAAAAGGGAUUGACAAAUGGAAUUGGGACAUUGUUUGAGAAUUCGAAGCAUAGGACAUGUGUCAGACAUCUAUACAACAAUUUCAGCGUCUGUCACAAGGGUUUAGCAUUGAAGAACUGUUUGUGGGAUGCAGCCAGGGCCACUACUAUAUCACAGUGGCGUCAGCACAUGCAACAGAUGAUGGACUUGGACCCGGACCCGGCUGCUUAUGGAUGGCUUGAAGAAAAACCAGCUUCCCAUUGGAGUAAAUCUCACUUUAGAGAGUGGAAUCAGUGUGACAUGCUUCUCAACAACUUAUGUGAAUCAUUUAAUAGCACAAUUGUGGCUGCAAGAGAGAAGCCGAUCUUAACCAUGUUGGAGGAUAUCAGGGUAUAUUUGAUGAGGAGAAUUGUGGCCCGUAGAGAGUCUUGUGAUAGAUGGACAAUAGCAGUUGGACCUAGAAUUCAGAAGAUUUUGGACAAAAAUGGUAAACUUGCAAGGUUUGAGUGGGCUGAGUACGCAGGCAAUGAAAAGUUCCAAGUUCGCCACAAUGCCGGGAUUGUGCUACAUGCUAUGGAUUUAAGGGCACGAACUUGUACAUGCCGUGGUUGGCAAUUAUCAGGAAUUGCAUGUAGCCAUGUCAUUGCCUCAGUUGUAUCUAGAGGCCUGAACGUGUCGGAGUUCGUGGAUGACAUCUAUAAGAAGGAUGCAUACAUGAGAACAUAUACUCCAUCAAUUUCUCCCAUCACAGGUCCGGACGCAUGGCCUACCCCAGGUUUGAAUCCUCUCACUCCACCGGUAUACACAAAGAGGCCUGGGAGGCCAAAGAAAAAUAGAAGAAAAGAGCUGAAUGAGGUGGCUUCUUCAAGUCAGCCAAAGAGGUCCAGUCAGUCUAAGAGAAAUGCCAAUACUUCACAAUCAACUUCAGGAACAACAGAAGGUCAACGAAAAAGAUCGGGGCUAAUAAUGACAUGUACGAAGUGCGGUGAAACAGGACACAAUAGGAGAGGCUACAAAGGGGCACCACCUCCAGCACCUUGUUAG